GAGUUCAUUUGUGUUGUUCCAUGGGGAACGCACUUAAUUUUCAUAUUCUCAGAAGAAAGUCAUGCACGUUGUUGAACGGUAAACCGUUGUUGUUGUUUUUGAAUGGCAUCGGUAUUUGCUUCGAAGUAAACUGAAGUGGCAACACGGAGAAGAAAAAAAAAACUGUUUUUCAUGUGUUUCGGUCAUAUUCAUGUGGAACGAAUUUUUAUUGCAGUAUAUUUUACCUCCGAAAAAUCUCCCUGAGAAUAUAUUCUUCAAAAACAGCAAAGUGUUUUUUGUGUAGGUAGGCGAAAAACCGAACGAAAGCAAAGAACGAAAGAACAAAACGAAGAGAAUGUAUUCGGAAUUGGCAAAAGUGCACACACACACACAUUGAGCACAAACAACCGUAUCUGAAACCGAUAGAUGCUAGUGUGUGCGUCGAACGAGUGUGAUGUAUGAUUGUGUGCGCAGUAGAAUAAGUUUCGCCGCAUGAAUCUCGAGUAAACAGAGUGUCUAUUAGAGACGUAGAUUCGCAAUACGAACGAGAGAUUAGCAAACGUCAAACAUUGUGUUCGACUUGACGAGAAAAAAAAACAACUAUUCACUCACAAUAAUUUUUGUUUUUGUUUUGUAUAAGUGACUAAAAGAAACCGCUUGUAAAGUUUAAAAUAUUAUUUGUUUCGUCGAGAUUUAUUUCCAUUGUUGUGAAAUUCGUUGAGACAAAGAUGUCAAGUGUUGUUCGUCGAUCGAUUGCUCAUCGUUAUCAAACGAGAAGCUCAAUAGCAGCAGGAGGAGCUAGCCCAUUGCCGAUUGCCUCCGCCACCAGCACCACUGAUGUGGUGGAUCUAAUACCAGAAGCGGUGGAUUUGACUGCUGCCGCACCAAACGAAGGUGCUAAAAAUGAUUUGUACCAGCAACUUCAAGAGCUGGAAGAACAAGACGGUGUGAUUCGAAAUAUUGAAUUCAUUUUUUGCUUGAUGUGCGACAGUUUCAUUGACGUUUACGACGGUAUUCUCGUGCGUGAAUGUUUGCAUCAAUUGUGCAUCGAUUGCGUAAGAAAAUUUAUCAUUGCUUCCGCUCACAUUGAGAUUCAGUGUCCGGCCGUUGAUUGUGAAUGCUUUUUAGAAGAUCGCGAAAUACGCUCGUUGCUCACACAAGCCGAAUAUGAACGUCACAUAAACAAGUACAUUUUGGCCGAGCCCGAAAUCAACGAAAAACUGUACAAAGAGCUCUUGGAUCUGGAGCAACAAGGUCUCAUUUACAACACCGAUCCGUUUGAAUGUGAAAUUUGUAUGACCGACAUCGAAAACCACGAUGGUGUCAUCAUUCGCGAAUGUUUGCAUCAAUUUUGCAUUGACUGUGUUCGACACACAAUUAUCCAUUCGGAAGAGGCCGAAAUCAAGUGUCCCGCAAAUGCGUGCGAUUGUACCAUUCAAGAUCGAGAAAUUCGAUCGCUGUUGACUCAAGCCGAGUUUGAUAAGUACAAUGUGAAAGGGUUACGCAUUGCCGAGAGCCAAGCACCGAAUUCAUACCAUUGCAAAAAGGCCAACUGCGAGGGAUGGUGCAUCGUUGACGACGAGGUCAACACAUUCGUUUGUCCGCGAUGCGUAUCGGAAAAUUGCUUGGUUUGUCGGGCCAUCCACACGGGUCAAAAUUGCAAGGAAUAUCAAGAAGAACUUCGAUAUGCCGGCAUGACCGAUAAUCAACGAUCCGAACUGUGCCUCGAUGAAAUCGUGCAGAAAAACCUGGGCAUGAGAUGCACCAAGUGCAAGAUCGUGAUUAUGAAACGCGAAGGCUGUGACUAUUUGAUAUGUUCAAUGUGUAAAACGGAGCUGUGCUGGGCAAUGAAAAUGAGCCGUUGGGGUCCAAAGGGACGUGGUGAUACGAGUGGAGGAUGUGGCUGUAGUUUCCCGACCAAAAAAUGCCAUCCAAAUUGCCGUAACUGCCAUUGAAUUACACAAAGACUAACGUACAAAUUAAGAUAUAAUUCAGAGUGAAUGAACGAAUUCGUUUUUUUAUAUGAUGAAUCUGAUGCUUGGUCAAGCCUAGUUCGUAAAAAAGUGUCUGCUCUUGCUAUACAUAUACGUUAUAAAUAGGUUAAAUAUCCAGAAAACGAACUAAUCUCAGUACUGAUAUGACAUAAUUAAGUGGAAAUAUGAUGAAGAUGGAAAAAUUCAAGUCUCACCCGUUAAAGAGAAAAUUUCGAUUUUGAUAGGCAAUAAAUGAACAAAUGACAAGAGACGCUUAAAAUUUAAGAAGUUCAUCCGAUAGAAGCUAUAUAAAAGAUAUUUUUCCACAAUGAAUGUUCAGCUCAUGGGAGCUUAGGAGCCAAUUACCGUUUUGAUCUGAACAGAAAGUGUAUUUAAGCACCAAAAUAAACAUUUCAAAAGCAACUAAUUGCCGUAUCCUUGUGUACGGAAAACUUUUUUGGAGAACCAGCAAAAUUUAUGCGGCUUCUCAUGAUAAAUGAGCACAUUUAGAACGUAAAAUUGAAUUUUGUUUGGUGAAUAAAAAGAAGAAGAAGAAGCGGAAAUUACCUAUUAAAAAUAAGUUUUGCUGAGUGCAUUCGAUGGUA